UAAAAAAUUUCAACACCGCAUACUUUAGAUAUACUAGAUAACAGAUAAAAGCGUACAUUUUUGCCGUUAAAACGUUUUAAAUGCGUAUUCAGUUGUAUAUUCGUUUUUGUAUAUUAUCUUGUAUCCCCUCCGUUUUGUAUAUAAAAUCGAUGUACGCUCGCGUAGUGUCUUCACAAUAACCUCACCCGAUUGGAGGAGCGUUUCGCUUAAAGUUCAAGUUGAACGGUGUUUAUAUAUUGAAAAAUCGAUUUUGUACGUUUCAGUUAUAAAAAAGUAAUAAAUAGUAAAAAAAUCGGACCAAAUUCGGGGUUAUGUGAUCUUUUUGAGGCCCUCCAAUUCGUUAAUAUCAAAAAUACCACGCAAACCUGUUAAACUCGGUAAAAAAUCAGCAUGUAUGUGUCUUACACGGAGAUAAUCUUCGCGUUUUCAAUCCUUUUGUUACCAUUUUUGUAUGAAACAAGUCAAGCUUUUCGUUAUUAUCUUAAAUUUGUUACCUACGUCGUCGUCGUUUCAUUUAUCGCCCUCAUCUUAACCCCGGUAUUUAUCUUCAGAAUCAAAAAUGUGAGAAAUUUAGUAAUUGCUUCAUAUUUAUGCAGACAUGUCUCAACAUUAAUCGGUUUAAAAUGGAUAUUGAGAGGUCGAAAACAUUUGGAGAAAGAUGCUUCAUAUAUAAUCGUGUCCAACCAUCAAAGUGCUCUGGAUGUUUUAGGAAUGUUUGAUUUAUGGCCAGUUAUGGAUAAGUGUACGGUGGUUGCAAAAAAGGAAAUUUUAUAUGCUUGGCCAUUCGGUUUGGCCGCAUGGUUGUGUGGUUUAAUUUUUAUUGAUAGAAUGAACUCGGAAAAAGCAAGAACAACAAUGAAAGAAGCAGCCGAAUGGAUUAAAAGUAAAAACACUAAAUUAUGGGUGUUUCCUGAAGGAACGCGUCACAACACCGGCGAACUUCACCCGUUCAAAAAAGGAGCCUUUCAUUUAGCAAUUUCCGCCCAAAUACCAAUUUUACCUGUCGUUUACAGCCAGUAUUAUUUUUUAGAUGACGCCAAUCGACGUUUUGACCAUGGUAAAUAAUUUUUUAAAGCAUUUGUAUGAUA